AUGGCUUCUCGAUAUGAAGUUGAAGAGACCAUUUCCUCAGCCAAGGACUUGAAGAACGUCAACUUGCAUUAUGGCCCGACCAGGCCAUACGAUGUUGUCUGGGUUAACCCUAACAACAAGUGCUCCACCAAGGUUGAUGAGAAGGGCGACGCAUGCCCUUUCUGGGACCAGAGACUUGUCAUCCCUUUGCCAGGACCCGUUAACGGAGACUCCACUCUAUACACCGACGUAGUCCACACUGCCAAUGAAGAGGGGACCAAAAAGUUGAUCGAAUCGGCUCGUCUCAAGUUGAGAGAUGUUCUCGAUGACGUCGGUAUUGGUGAACGUGUCAAGCGUACAUUGACUCUCAAAGGACCUUCUGGUAGGCCUCAAGGAAAAGUUGAAGUUAAGUUUAAUAUCUUAGAGCACUGUUAUGCUCCGCUUAGUGUGCAUUACACACCCCCUUAUGGUAUUCCAUCUCAAGUUAUGAUGCGUCGAAGAUGA